CACAACCGGACCGGGCAACGUUACGCACGGCAGCUCCACUAGCGCACAAUUACGCGCAGUUAGUUUAAAGCGAUACAAACACUUAUUGUCUAGUGGGCACAAGAUAAGAGAAGAUGGAUCAAGACACAGAUGUCCGGAACGAUAGCGAAGGGUUUGAGCUGGACCCAAAUAGUUCAGAAGUGCCAUCAGCUGUAAAGCCACUUCUCGGAAUUGGCAUUGACAAUGUUAUCACUCUGGUUGUGUUCGGGAUGAUAUUCGCUCUAGGGGUGCUGGGUAAUUCCUUGGUUAUAACGGUGCUGGCUAGAAACAAACCCGGGAAGCCCCGCAGUACCACCAACAUCUUCAUCCUGAACUUGAGUAUCGCAGACCUGGCUUAUCUGCUCUUCUGUAUCCCUUUCCAAUCCACUGUCUAUGUCCUGCCAACCUGGGUGCUGGGAGCCUUCAUCUGCAAGUUCAUUCAUUACUUCUUCACCGUGUCCAUGCUGGUCAGCAUCUUCACACUGUCUGCCAUGUCGGUGGAUAGAUACGUGGCCAUAGUUCACUCCAGGAGGUCAUCUGCUAUCAGGGUGUCUAGAAAUGCCCUGGUGGGAGUAAUUGUCAUCUGGAUCCUCUCCAUUGCCAUGGCUUCUCCAGUUGCUUACAACCAGGGUUUGGUUUAUAAGAACAACCAGACUUUCUGUUGGGAAUCGUGGCCAAAUGCCCAGCAGAAAAGGAUCUAUGUGGUGUGCACCUUUGUCUUUGGAUACCUGCUGCCUCUUCUUCUUAUUUCCUUUUGCUAUGCCAAGGUACUCAACCACCUGCAUAAAAAGUUAAGAAACAUGUCAAAGAAAUCAGAGGCUUCAAAGAAAAAGACAGCACAGACUGUGCUUGUUGUGGUUGUGGUAUUUGGAAUCUCCUGGCUUCCUCAUCAUGUGAUCCAUUUGUGGGUAGAAUAUGGAAGCUUUCCUCUCACCCAAGCCUCUUUUGUCUUCAGAAUAGUUGCCCACUGUCUCGCAUAUAGCAACUCUUCAGUGAACCCUAUCAUUUACGCUUUCCUCUCCGAAAAUUUCCGAAAGGCCUACAAGCAGGUAUUUAAGUGCCAGAUUGGUUGCGACUCCAACCAGAGUGAUGCGAAAGAAAUAAAAAGCAAGUUGGACACUCCACCAUCAACGAACUGCACUCAUGUCUGACCCAAAUGAAUGCCAUACGCUAAAACCAAGUGCACGGUUUGGAAGCACAAAUUCAUCCAAUCAAACUACAAGUACUUAGUCUCAUUGUACAGUACAUCAGUAGGUGGUGAUUGCUUCAGUCAUUUUCUACAUCCCCUCAAAGCUAUAGGUUACAUUAGGUGGGAAACCAAAGACUGGCACUCUUGAUAACCAUGUGCAUAGGAGAGAGAUCUCUGUUGCUUUUAAACUGUAUCAUAUAUUAUUUUAAGUCAUGCAGUGUACAAUGUGUGCAUGUUUAUCAUGUGUUUUCCAUGCUGGAAUGCAAAUAUGGGAUUUUUAAAUAUGCUAAUUAUAUGUAUAUAUAAACACACACUUUUAAAAUAUUUGCGCUGCUGGAAAAGGAAAAUGUAUAGACAAUAAUGUACCCCUAUUGUAAUAAUGUAAGGAUAUUAGAUAUUCUAUGGUCAUAUGAGGCCUCAAUCCUUUCUGUGGAUCUUGGAACUUGGAGUGGACUUCUAAUAUUGUCCUAUUUUACAACAUAGGGAUACUUUUUUUAAUAUAAUGCAAAAGCUAUUUCACUCAGCACUGUUUAUAGGGAUAUAGUUUACAGGUUAUCUGUGGCUCUUGUGUAUUGUAAGCAUAUAAAUAAAAACUUUUCUGAA